CAGCCACAGGACAGCCCCUGCCGCAUCUCCAGAGUCACGGCCAGCCGCAGUCAGAUCUCGACCAGCCAUGGGUUGCACACCGCCGCCUCUGGUGCUGCUGCUGUUGCUCCUGGUUCCCGCUGCGCUGGCUCAGGUGGAAGAGGAGGAGACGGUUCUGGGGAUGACGGAGGCCGCUCCCGAGGACCCGCCAGCGCCCCUCAGUGACGACAACGAUCUCGACAUGUCCGACCUCGCCGCUGAGAAUGGGUACGGGGCGCCGGAGGAGUGCGACCCCGAGCUGGCGGGCUUCGAGCUGGUGACGGGCUACGUGUUCUCGGCGCCGAGCGACCUGCUGGACUCGCUGCCGGGCACGCUCAUGCUCACCGACUGCCUGGACGCCUGCCAGGCCAACGAGUCGUGCCGCGCCGUCAACUACGAGACCGGCCUCUGCGUGCUCUUCAGCUCCGACGCCGACAUGUACCCAGGUGCGCUGACGCGGUCGCAGUUCCCGGUGUUCACCAUCUACGCGCAGAAGCUGUGCCUGGAGGAGCGGCCGUGCGAGCGCGCGUGGUGCGCCGACCGCGUGCUGGGCCACCGCCUCGUGGGUCACGCCCGGCGCACCGAGACCGCCUCCUCGCGCCACCACUGCCUCGGCCUCUGCCUCUCCGAGACCGAGUUCGUCUGCAGGUCCGCCAACUACGAGUCGUCGACGGGCCGGUGCGAGCUGUCGGACAUGGACCGCGUGACGGGCGGCGAGUCGCUGUCGGCGGCGCCGGGGCAGGACUACCUGGAGAACCAGUGCGCCGAGGAGCCGGCGCGCCUCUGCGAGUUCCGACGGGUGGCCGGCCGCGUGCUCAAGACGGUCGACGCCGUCUACCAGGACGUGCACUCGGCCGACGAGUGCCGCGAGCUGUGCCUCACCUCGCCCUUCCGCUGCCGCUCCUACGACUACGGCGAGACGGGAGAGCUCGUCUGCCGGCUCAGCCACCACUCCAGGACCACGCUCACCGACAUACAGGAGCCGUACCUGGUGGUGCCCGAGGCUGCGACGUACGAGCUGCGCGCGUGCUAUAACGUGACGGUGGAGUGCGGCGCCGGCGACAUGGUGGCGCGCGUGCGCACCAGCGCUCUCUUCAGCGGCCGGCUGUACGCGCGCAACGGGCCCCGCGCCUGCGCCACCACUGUGCGCUCGUCGCUGUUCUUCGAGCUGCGCAUGCGCUACGACGACGUGGAGUGCGGCGUGCGCCGGCUGGCCGCGGGCCGCUACGUGGCCGACGUCGUGGUGCAGCACCACGCCGCCGUCCUCACCUCGGCCGACCUGGGGCUCGCGCUGGCCUGCCAGUACGACCUCACCAACAAGAGCGUCAGCAGCGAGGCCGAUCUCAGCGUGCGCGGAGACGCCAGGCCGGCGCUGAGCGAGGACGCCGUGGUGGAGUCGCCGUCGGUGGCGAUGCGCGUCACGGACCGCCGCGUGUCCGACCGGCCGCUGCCCGCCGCCCAGGUGGGAGACCCCCUGGCGCUCAGGUUCAGCAUCCUCGACCCCAGCUCGCCCUUCGACAUCUUCGUGCGCGACCUGGUCGCCAUGGACGGCGUCGGCAACAGCGAGAUCCUGCUGAUAGACUCCGACGGCUGCCCCACCGACCACGCCAUCAUGGGGCCCAUCUUCAGGAGCAUGGACACGCAAAAGGAGCUGGUGUCGCACUUCGACGCCUUCAAGUUCCCGUCGUCGGACGUGGUGCAGUUCCGCGCCCUGGUCACGCCGUGCGUGCCGUCUUGCGAGCCGGCGCACUGCGAGCUGGGCGGCUCGAUCGCGGUGGAGGCGAGCGACGAGGACCCGGCCGCCUACUCCGUGGGCCGCAUCGAGUCGCUGGGCCGGCGCCGGCGCCGCCGCUCCACCGCCGCCUCGUCCGCCGCCGCCGGCCGGCACAACGCGAGCGCGCCCGAGGACCUGCUGCUGGUGCAGUCGAUCCGCAUCGCCGACAAGUUCUUCGGCUUCGAGCGGCAGGGCGGCAACGCGAGCGGCGACUCGUGGGGCGACGGCGCGGCGGAGGCGGCGGGCGGCUGCGCGUCGACGGCGGCGGUGCUGGCGGCGGGCGCGGCCGCGCUGUGCGCGCAGCUGUGCGUGCUGGGGGCGUGCGCGGCCGCGUGGCGGCGCGCGCGCAGGCACGACAAGCUACGCGCCGGCGCCAGCGCCGACAGCGUCGCGCACCUCUACGACUCGGGCUACGCGCGCCGCUUCUGA